GGGCAAGUCUCCUCUUCAGUCGGAGUUUGGCUUUCCUUUCGUCCACAGGUCGCUGCCUCGCUCUCCUUCAAAGCAGAAAAUUUUUCUCCAACUUCUACGGCAAACUCAUCAUGGCGAAGAGAAAGGUUUCGAAAAGUGUCAAGAAGGACAAGGUUUCAAAACCUAUCAUAGCGAAGAAGGAAAAGGUUUCAAGACCCGUCAGGGGGAAGAAAGAAAAGGUGGUUUCGGAGCCCAUCAUGGUGAAGAAAGAAAAGGCUCCAAAGGCCAUCAUACCGAAGAAGGAGAAGGCUCCUAAGGUCAUCAAAGCGAAAAAAGAAAAACCCAUUACGGCGAAGGAAAAAAAAGUUCUGAAACCCAUCAUCGCGAAGAAAGAAAAGGCUGAGGAGCCCAUGAUACCGAAGGAAGAAAUAGUUUCAAAAAGUGUGAAGAAAGCUGCUGCUCCGAAACCCCCUAAAAAUGUGGACCCAUCUCCCACUUGUCUCGCACUUGCACCCAUCGAAGCAGUUCCAUCAACCAGCACGAUGGUCAAUGUCACUUCCACGACGGUCGCUGCGAUGACCACGACUAGCCUGGAGCCACGACAAAUCCUCGAUAUGCAUGGAGUGACCGAGCAUAAAGAAGAAGAGUACAUGGAGAUGUCUGAGCUGGAUGACAUGUCAACGAGGGAAAAGAAUGACCGCAUUCGCUGUUUAGAACACGAAAAGGUGCAACAGGCUGGCCAGCUGGAACUUUCUGUCGGGACGGUGGGCGUGUUGGAAAGCAAUAUGCAAAUAUGGCAUAAGCGUUUAGUGGACAAGGAAAAUGAAGUCGAGAAACUGAACAAGGUGGUGAGGGACAUCAACGAUUCUUUCAGAAUUGAGUGGAAGUCCGAGACGAGCAACCUUUUGUUGACCAACACCUUGCAGAAUUCAAAGGAACAAAAAUUCUACUAUGAGAAUGGAUACGAAGCUCGCAUGGAAGAAAACAAGUCCAACUAUGACAAGAAUCUGCUCAAUCUGGAGAAGGAUAGGAAGAGACUGGUGAAAGAAAACAAGAAGCUCGUGCAGGAUGCGAAGAACAGGGAAGCCGCGUUCAUCCAGGCUUUGACCGUGGAGCGAAAGAGGGUCGUCUUCUUGGCGAAGCAAAUACCUCAAGUCGGAAUCCCCUCGUUCUCCAGCAACCCGGGUGACGACGAGGUGGUCAACGUGGUUACCGAGUAUGGCGACUUGCUGCGCGGAGAGAAUGGGGACGACGAGGAAGGAGGGGGCGAGGAUGACUUUCAAGUUGUUCUCGAUAAUGGGCAGGUGGUCGAGUUUAAGGUGCAGCAGGAUUGGAUUAUUAAUUGAGUUCGUGCAAGUAAUUAUUUGUUUUCACUAAUUAAUUAAUCAAUUAAUUAAUUUCUUUCCUACUCUUUUGUUGUUUUGAAAUUUUUACUAGAAAAAUUGCAUUAGAAAUGGAAUAAAAAAGAGUUAAAAUGUA